CUCUCCACUUGUGCGAGGCCUAUCGUGUCCCAGCCACUUCGUCGUCAACGUGGAGAGAUCAGCUAGUUUCCAGCCAGCUUCAUUCCUUCGAACCGCCUGAAAGACAAGAGCAGCCAGCAGCAGCAGCAGCGGCGACAGGGAAUAGGGAAAGAGGGCGGCGGCUGAACAGGAGGACCUCGCACAGCCAAACACCCGCAGCAACCAUGGACCAAGGGGCAUCGAACCAGAUCCGGCAGAUGGCCAACUUCAUCCUUCAGGAGGCCCACGAGAAGGCGAACGAGAUCAAUAUCAAGACGGAGCACGACUUCAACCUCGAGAAGCAGAUGAUCGUCCACAGCGCGAAGCUCAAGAUCCAGGAGGAGUACACGCAGAAGGAGAAGGACCGGGAAAUCCAGGACCGAAUCUCGCGGUCGACGAUGAUCGGGAACUCUCGCGUCAAGAAGAUGACCUCUAGGGACAACUUGCUUCAGGAAUUACUCGCGGCAUCAACGGAGGAAAUCACGAAGGUGUCGAAGGGGAGCCAGUACCCCACGCUCCUCAAGGCUCUGAUCGUGCAGAGCAUGAUCAAGAUCGAGGAGGACAAGAUCACGGUCAUUUGCAGGGAGGCGGACAUUUCGGCCGUCAAGUCCGUCGUCAACGACGCCGUGUCGGAGUACGUGGCGUUGAUGAAGGCGGAGGCGGGUGUGGACAAGGUGCCGGCCAUUACCGUUGAGGAGGACCCGGCCAGGUGCCUCUCAGCCAACUGCCCCGGCGGCGUGGCCGUGUCGGCCGCGAACGGACGCAUCGUGUGCGACAACACCUUGAGCUCUCGACUGACCGUCAUCUACUCGGAGCUCUUGCCCAAGAUCCGCGGCCUCCUGUUCCCCAACGCCUAGGCAUACCUGUUGUUUUGGUAGCAUUUUUUUUUUUUUGCCUUGUGCGAACAAUAAGAAAGCAGUUUGUGAAUCUCUGUGAGCUCACCCCCCUCACCCACCCCCGCCCUUGUGGCGGUCGCAGCAGAGUGGCCCAAGACUGCUUUGUAGCGGAGCGCGUUAAUCGGCCGCGGGUAGCGUGGAAGAAAAUAUGUCAGGCGGGGGGCCGGGUUGGGGUGUCAACGGAAAAGGGGCGGGGGUAGUUAGUUGGGUGGGUGGAGAGAGUGGGGCAGAAAUAGGGUAACAUACACACGGUGUUUUGGGUGCUUCUUUUUUCGAGCGUCGAGUUGUAUUUUUUCGUACUCCCCUGGGUAGGUAAGCCUUGGGCCCGCGUGCUGCACAGAUCCUAGCUUUUGGUAGAUUCCGGAGAUUCCGUCGCUUUUUGGCGCUCCCCCGCAGCUGUUACCACCAAGUAAACCUCGACGGUCACGGAACGGUUUGGCUGGUCGGACCUGGGGUAUUUUUUUGUCUGUCUCGAGAGUCCACGCUGUCGUUACGCGGGGUUGUUGUUUUCUUUUCGAUCCCUGAAGAAGCCUAAGUCGUGUUUAACGUUUUUGUGGACGAUCAAUCCAGGAGGCGUUUCGGAAAUCUGUUUCGGGUACGUUGGUGCACACGUCCGGCCAAUUCGACAGGGGCAGUUGUUGUUUUUUGUCCCCAAGGCAGCCAGCUAGCUGCCAGCUCUCGAAAAACUUGACGAGGCGAGACGAUGGAACUCAACUCGCACACCUGUUGUU